AUGAGCAACGCUGAAAAUCCAAGAGAAGUAUCAAGAGAAGGGACAUCCGAAAAAUCGUUUAGACCAUUUUUCCGGGUGGGCAAGUUCACCAAUUACACUCUGUUGACCGUUCUCAUAGCUGAAGUCUACCAGCAAAUUGCAGAGAGGCAAUUGAAAAAUAUGGAGGGGGUUGGGGACAAAAACCUUUACUGUGAUUAUCACAAGGAUUUCAAGCACAAAACAUGGGAUUGUCUCGAAUUGAAAGAUGCACUGGAGCAGGCCAUCCGAGAAGAAAAGCUAAGGGAGUUCUCACAAUUCAUUCGUGAACCAAGGAGAAAGGAGAGAGAGCGUUCUGAGGAAGUUCCCCCUAAUAACCCAGACACAAACCCAAUGGUGGUGGUAAAUGUGGUGGUUGGAAGAAAUGCCCCACCUAAGUUAAGAUCUACGGUGCAAAAAGACGCCAGGGUGCUAGCCGUGUCUUCAGGAAACCAUAAGGUUCCUCCCAGAGAACUCCCUGAGAUAUCGUUUGGCCCUGGGCACCGCUGGUGUGACGAGCUUCCUGAAGACCCACCAAUGGUGAUCACGAUGAGGAUCGGGACUAGUUUGGUCAAACGAAUAUUGGUGGAGGCAGGGGCUGAUUUGAACAUCAUGAUCCAAAAUGUGUUCGAUGCCCUAGGGCUCAAAGAGAUCAACCUCAAGGACCACCGUCAUGGGGUCAUAAGGUUGGGUGACAAUUACAUCAAACCCGAUGGCUCUAUUAUCCUACCGAUCUGCGUAGGUUCCGGGGCGAGCAGGAAGUCUGCAAUGGCUGAGUUCGUGGUUUUGAGGGAUUCUAUGGCGUAUAACAUCAUCCUUAGAAGGAGAACCAUUAACGAACUGUUGGCUAAUAUUUUCACAAAGCUCCUGACAAUGAAGUUUGCGGUGGACAACAGAUCGGUGGUAUUGAUCCAGGAAGACUUGGAAAUGGCGGUUGCUUGUGACAAUGCUAGCUUAAUAUUGUGGAAGAGAUCAAAGGAGGCAGCUGGGUGUUCUUGGCGGACCUCGACGGUAAGGUCGACGAGCACCCAAGGCUUGAACCACAAGGUGACCUGGAAAAAUUUUGGGUAG